AUGGCCAUGGUCGCGUCCACCUCCUUCACGUACCACAAGCCGCGUUUCGCGGUGGUAUGCAGGAAGAACAAGGACGGCCGGGACAAGGAGAGGGAGCGGGACAGCAAGGAGCACAAGCACCCCUUCAAGGUCGUCGAGAUCACGCCGCCGCCGCGGUGCCUCGGCGUCCGCUGCUUCCCCACCAACAUCCACUGCGGCGAGAGCGUGACGAUCGAGGGUCAGGCGUACACGGUGUCGGCGGUGACGCAUCGGUACCAGCUGCGCAAGGGGCGGUACGAGCCGAGCGAGAAGCGCCUCGACGUCCUCUCCACCGGCAGAUACAUCCUCAACCUCUACCUCCAAAACCUGCUCGACCAGUCCUAG